GUCUUUUAAUAACAACGACUUCUCUCCGUUGCCAGAAGAAAAAUGAAGUUCUCUCUCGCUCUCAUCACAGUUGGUCUGUUCGGUGGUGCGCUUGCACAGCAAGGGGUCCAGUGCCCAGGAAGCUGGUAUCUUCAGCCAGAUGACUGCAUGUGUAUGAACAGCAGGGAGGGAUAUCUGCUCAAGACACAGACGUUGGAUUGCUGCAAGAAGCUGGGAUACAAAACUUAUAACAACAUCUGCGCCGUGGACAGAAACAAGCGCCAGACGUUCAAGGACUGUUGCAAGGAUCUCAACCAGGAGAGCGUCAUUGGCCAUUGCCGUUGA